AUGGUGACCCCCAACAGGAAGGAUCGCACCUUGGUCACGUCCUUCGACAAGACGGCGCCCGUGUCGCAGGUCGUCAGCUACUCGUCGCGCUUCGUGGAGAAGCUCUCUGACAUCACGCAAUUGAUGAAUAUUUCCGCCAGCAAGUCGAUUAAGAGUGGGGCGAGGUUCUCUUCGGCGGAUGUCAAUGCUGUGGUCUCGGUGAAGGUGGUCAAUCACUACAACAGUUGUUGGCUCGGCGGAAUUCCAGGACGUGUGCAGCUUCAAACACAUGGACUCAGAAACUUUCCACGACUAUUUGGGGACUCAUUUAUCUCCAGCUUCGCCGAAGGAGGCGAACUCCACGGCAUCAUAUCCGUGUCAGCCUUCAAUCGCACCCAGAGAUCUACCCUCAAAUCCGCCCUUGAAAGCGCCCUCAAUAGCGCAACCAAUAACAAAGAUCUCACCCUUGCAUCAUCCAUCAUCGCCGAUUUAGAUUCCGCGCUGAGCGAAUCCGAAACAACCAUCUCCGUUAACUGGAUCGGGGGCGGGCAGAUCAGGAACGAGCACGGACACGAGAACAACAAAUGGUCACUUCAGGACCUCAUCAGAGCCGCAGCUUCAUUUCCCUAUCCUGUCCCUCCUGUCAUGGGCGCAGCCGCGACAGAUACCGCGGAUUCUUUUGCGAGGGAGUUAUUAGAUACAUAUAUGGCGUACAAGGGCCAUAUGAGGCUUCUGCAAGAUGCUUUGGCGGCGCUGGAGUCGUAUCAUAAGAAUGAGGCCGUAGAUGCGGUUGAUGUUUCGAUUCGGGACCUGGGGACGGCGCGGAAGAUGAUUAGGGUUGAGAUGGCGGCUAUUGUUGAUGCCAUUGACAGACUGGACAAGCACCCCGAGCGGGUUGAAGCAAUCGUUGCUGAAUCCAAGGUAACGGCGCCAGAGCUCUGGGCCGUUCGACUACCGGUCAAGCUAUCCAGUGGCCUAAAAGCGAGCAAUGCAGGAGAGGUGUAG